AUGUCUAAAAUGAGCACGCCCUCGUUAGAAGUACAGUCAACACUCGAAGUUCCCGUCAGGGACUAUCCCAUCGAAGAUGAAGACCGUUCGGAAUACCCGAUGGAGUUGGAUUUUGACUUGCUGCGGAGACUGGUGGAAACCGACAAUCAUAUCAUGUAUCAAACCACUCGCGAACUGACAUUCACCGGUGGGCCCAAUGGGUGGAGCGUACACGGCGUCGCAUACUGGGAGCUGCUCGCUGAGGGAUAUACAAGACGUCCACAUUUAGCAACUGAGGAAUUUAAACGCAAAUCUGGAAAAUGCACGCCCGCAACAGCACGAAGUCUACUUCCAGCACGACAACGCUCGGCUGCACAUUGCAAGAACGACCAAGGCCGAACUGAUGAAGUUUGGCUGGACCAUUUCAUCACAAUCAUCGUAUUCCCCAGACUUGGCUCCCUCGGAUUACCACCUUUUUUCUAUCUCCGACGUCAUCUGAAUGGUCACAAUUUCCAAACCCGCGACGAAAUCAAAACGGCACUCGAGCAGGUCUUCAAGGAUCAGUCCCCAGCGUUCUGGAGAAAAGACAUUCAUGAUCUGCCUAAAUGUCGGCAGAAGACUAUCGAUGCCAGUGGGGCAUACCUCAAAUGA